AUAAGAAACAAUUGUUUGAUGACUUAGAUUUAGACAUAAAUGAAAUCCUUGACUCCUAAAACCUAGAUAUAGGUCCUAAAAUCACAGUAUUUGCAUCUCAGUGUGCUUAGAUAUACCCACUCUUAUAUUGUGACUUGUGCACCGGCGGCCAUUUUGAAAAAUGGGUGAUAACACCCAUUUAGCUACAACUGUUACAAUGCUAUCACAUAUUUUCUUACUCUAGAGGUCUUAACCUUCCCAAAAAUCACUAUGGCGAUUAUUCCCCUAAUUUGAUACCGACCAACCCCCCAGGCUGAUCGCCUAUUACCAGAACAUCCAGUCUGUCCCAAGCAAUGCCAGAUAUGCAAUGCAACACAUGUCUUCUGUGUGAAUAAAGACUUCACUAGCAUCCCUCAAACAUUCCCUCAGACUAUAGAGUACCUGGAUCUAUUUAACAAUAUGCUGAAUGAUAUCCCUGGAGGUGUUUUCAACAGGUACCAGGAACUAUAUUCACUCAAUAUCAGCCAAAAUGGCCGUAUGGAAACAAUACAUAACGACUCAUUCAAUGGACUGAAAUCUUUAGAGCACCUAGAUCUGCAAUAUCUUACAAGCUUGAAGAAAAUUGCUCCCCAUUCCUUUAGUGCCCUAGCUUCUCUCAGGCACUUGGACUUAAGGGGCAGUUAUGAAGUGGGAUUGAAACAGAUACUCUUGAGAUUGAGAUCAUUACCGAUGAACUGUACCUUGGAUUAUUUAAAUCUAAAACAUGUGAAUGAAGUAACUGAUUUUGAAGAUAUAUCAUUGCCCAUCUUGAGGGUUUUAAAAAGGCUGCAAGUAAAAGUGCUGAUUCUGGAUGAGAAUCGUAUUGUUUCUAUUCGUCCUGGUUACUCAGAGUAUUUAGGUUCAGUAAAAUAUCUCUCCUUAAGAAGGAACUACCUUCAUUUUUAUUCUGGGUUUGCUAAUUUUAUUGAUUUCCUUUUUAUGUAUAGCGUGAAAGUUCUGCACCUUGGAGAUAAUUCAUACAUACCUCUUAAAAAUAAACCAACAUUAAACAAUACCUUUUCACAAACCUGUACACCAUUACCGCAAGAUAUGGAAGAAGUCUAUUUUAACAACAUGCAGGUCACAAUCUAUUACAAGCUGUAUGUCAAUGGUCUUUGCUUUGGAGAGCCUAAUAAACUACGUAUAUUUGACUUGACAGGAACAUCAUUCUGGGGGAUUGAAAAGCCAAUUAAAGGUUGA